CGUCACCGCGCCACACAGAGCUGGCUGAGUAGUAGUGCGCGAGAUAGAUAGAAGCGCGCUGCCGUAAAGCACGCACUGCCAUGAACUUCGGAGUGUAAACUUCGCUGCUUCUGUCGCGAUCGAUUUUUUUUUCUGCUUUUUAACAGAACUAAAACAGAACGAAACAAAACAAAACAGACGGGCGUUUGGAGAAUUAGUCGUAUCCGUGCUUUUCUUCUUCCUUCCUUCCUUCCUUCCCCACAGCCAUGUCCUCAGCGGCGGUCGCUGCCUCGCGCAGGCAGUCGUGCUAUCUGUGCGACCUGCCCCGCAUGCCGUGGGCGAUGAUUUGGGAUUUCACGGAGCCGGUGUGCAGAGGGUGCGUGAACUAUGAGGGCGCUGAUCGCAUCGAGUUCGUGAUCGAGACCGCGCGGCAGCUCAAGCGGGCUCACGGCUUCCAGGAAAGCAGGACGCCUGGAGCAGGCAAGUCGGCCAAGGACAUUCAGUCUGUGAACCACGCGGCUGGAGACGGGAGCUCGCGGCCGCCGCCGCCUCAAACCCUGGACCGCUACUCCAUCUCUUCGGACAGACCGCCCCGCCUCGGGCCCGAGUACCAGCCUGGAGCCAGGCAGCCGAACGGCCUCGCUGUUCCCAACGGAUUCCCCAAACCUGACGAGCCGCCGGAGCUGAACCGCCAGAGCCCCAAUAACCGCAGGGCGAGCGCGGUCCCUCCGAGCCUCGUGCCUUUGGUGAACGUUAACGGCGCUCUCGCGGUGAACACGCUCAACGGCCGGCCGCCUAUAGGGAUCCCGGGCGCGUUAACAGUCGACCACGGCGGGAAGCGAUCAGACGACUCGAAGGACAAACACCGACCGGACAGCGUGUCAGACCCGACCGAGAGUCACAAGCGCGAUGACUGGAUGAACAAAGGCAAGACGGUCCGAGACCUCAUGGCCCUGCAGACUCUGGACGGCAGGUUCAAGAAGGACCACGCAGCCAUGCAGCACCGGAUGGGAUACGAGAGCACAGCCUCGUCAAAAACAGAUCGAGGCAAGCAACCUCGUGGCCCGACGAAGAGGAAAGCGUCCCCGGAGCCUGACGGUGAGGGCGCAGGCACUAAGCUGAACGGUGACGGGUUGCCUUGGUCUUCCUGUACAUCUGAAGUGCCAAAGCUGCCUGCUGCAGCUCUGCCAGGCUACACCACCGGACCUCCUUCUACCAUCUCUCCACACCCACGCACCACGCCGCCCGAGGCCGCUUUGGCUGUGCAGAACGGCCAGUCUCCCAUGGCAGCCCUCAUUCAGGCAGCGGACAACGCUGGCAGCGCAGGCACCGGCUCGCCCAAAGACGCCAACCAGGUGCACUCCACUACAGCAAGGAGGAACAGCGGCAGCCCGCUCUCUCCUUCCUCAGCCGGCCAGAGGCGGCUCACCCAAAGGGACGUGAUGGGUGCAGGGGUGGCAGGCACGGCUGCUGCGGGCACAGGUGCUAGCCAUGUCCCAGGUGUAGUAGACCCUCAGGGUGGUCACCCACAGAGCAUUCCGGACUCGUCGGUGCCUCCUGGCAGCGUUCCCCUGUGCUGCACCUUGUGUCAUGAGCGGCUCGAGGACACACAUUUCGUGCAGUGCCCAUCAGUGCCCUCACACAAGUUCUGCUUCCCCUGCUCACGCGAGAGCAUCAAACAGCAGGGUGCCACGGGUGAAGUGUAUUGCCCCAGCGGUGAGAAAUGCCCACUGGUGGGCUCCAACGUGCCCUGGGCAUUCAUGCAAGGGGAAAUAGCGACCAUCUUGGCCGGAGACGUGAAAGUAAAAAAGGAGAGAGACCCUUGAUUUUUCCACACUAUUCUGAUUUCCUUUUUUUGUGUUACGUUUGUUUUUUGUUUUCGUUUGUUGUUUUUUUUGCUAAACAUUAAAAAACAACAAAUGACACACACACACACACACACACAUACAAUUUCAGAUGACUAUAAAUAAAUCAAAUUGCAUACCAUCCAAGCAGAAAUUAUCGGACAUGUACAUAUGGACUCAAGGGAAGUGUACACUUCAUAAACAUGGCUGUAUAAAUUUUUUUGAUUUUCCCUUUUUGAAUACAUUGUUUCUAUAUUUUUUGAAGAUGAAAAAGGUAUGUACACAUUCUAACAGACUACUUUCACCCCCCCCCACCCCCUUCAGUUGUUGUUCAACGCCAAUUAUCAGUGUACUAUUAGAACUGGUGGCAGUCCAUGUUUAAACAUAGAAUGUGACUAAAACUACUCUGAGCACUUGGCAAAACUGAAAUGCUUCUAGCUGUACUUGUAUGCACUUGUUUAAAAUUGCCAAAUACAAUUUUUGACCUUGUAAUAACA